CACAAAAACGUUAAUUACGUCUCCACGCCGCGCCAACUCUCGCUUGGCAGUUGAAAUGUCAGUGGAGGUGUCAGCCACAGACUGUUGUUUUCUUGUUUCUGUGCUAACUUAACCUCAGGAAAGGUUUACAGACACGAAGAAUACCACCGAAUUGAGUCAAGGAGGAGAUUAUUCUAAUCUACCGACAUGGGGGCCCUGUUAUCCCGGUGGAGGGCAAAGCCAACCACAGUUGAGCAGCUGGAGAACAUUGACAAGGACAUCAAAGAUCUGGAGGAGUUUAGAGCCAAAAACCAGCGUCUGCAAAAGCUGUGGGUGGGCCGCUUGAUCCUCUACUCGUCAGUCCUCUACCUGCUGACGUCUCUGAUCGUGUACUAUCUCUACCUGCCUGAACAAUGGCUGCAGAGACUGUCCAUGGCCCUGCCUUUCUUCAUUUACCCUGUGCUGGUUUGGUUGAUCAGAAAGCUGUUGGUCUUCCUCUUUUGCAAACGCACUGAGAGAAACAAUGAUAAACUAGAAGAUUUAAAGGCUUCCAAGAAAAAGAUCCUAGAGGAAGUGAUGGAAACGGAAACAUACAAAAACGCAAAACUCAUCCUGGAACGCUUUGAUCCUGAGGCAAAGAGGAAAGCUGAGCUGGAGUCGACUCCUGUGCGUCCUCAGAUGACUCCCAGGCCAGGACAAGAGAUUCGACAAAGAGGCAUGCAAAUGAGACCUAUGCCGAUGGGCACCCCGGGUCCCAUGGCAAUGACUCCCCAGGGAGCACGGCCCACAUUGGCACCAGGAGGUACACCUGUGGGACAUUUCCCUCUCUCAGCUCCAGGAGGACCACCAGAGAGAUCUGCUCUGUCCGCCUCUGUCCUCCAGGGUGCAAUACCCAGGACCCCCUGCUCUCCUAUCCCUGGUGUCGGUUUACAUCCACCAGGUCCUCCAUUAGCAAGACCAAUACUGCCCAAAGACAGGGGAGCAAUGGACAGAGUCAUUGAGUAUCUAGUAGGAGAUGGACCACAGAACAGGUAUGCUCUGGUCUGUCAACAGUGCUUUUCUCAUAACGGCAUGGCUCUGAAGGAGGAGUUUGAAUACCUAGCAUAUCGAUGCGCUUAUUGCUACUUCCUGAAUCCAGCAAGGAAGACACGCCCUCAGGCUCCCAGGCUUCCAGAGUUCAGCUACGAGAGAAGGCUGCGAGCAGAAUCACGUUCACCUGGACCAGCAAGGCGUUCUGGAGCAGAUACAGAGGAAAGCCCGCCCCCCUCUGGAGAUGAGAAAGAGCUGGAGGAGGAUGGACAAUGCACUGCAGAGGCAGCGAGUGAGAGCCAAUCAGAGGAGCAGCCGCCAACUGCACGGCAGCAGGAGGAAGAGGCAGAGGAGGAAGAGUUGAUUCAGGCAGAGGAGGAAGCCAUGGACACAGAGCAGAGUCACAGCGCCCCCUGUGAGGCAGAACCUCAGUCGUCAUAGUGGCAGAGAGUCCAUGAGAGUACCAGAGAUGUCUGAAGAGUGUUGUGAUUGGCCAUGAUAGACGGGUCACAUUUAAAAGCAAUAGAGGUGGACAAAGAUUUCAUGAACAAUGAUUAUGAUGUCUUUUGUCUUUGCAACCAAAAUCCUCUUACUUCCUGAUCAUAUAUAAGCAAUGUGUGAAUCAAAGUAACAAUUAACAGUCUAACUGUUUGACCAUAUUGCCUAAAAUGAUGCCCUCAUAUCAUGGCCCCUGACAGUUUUGAUUGGUUGACAGUGAAGGUGUCAGAUUAAUGAUUGUAGUUGAAAUAUUAAGGCUGUUUCUGGACAGAGUAGCUGUCUGCUGGUAAGAUUAUAUAAGUGGUAACUUACUCGGCUAAUUUAUCAGUAUUUUAAGGUAUCGUAGGACACAAAGUUAUUUUAGGUUUGAAGAAGCUGGCUGCUGUUUUUAACUUAUUCUUUAAAGGAUUAUGAUUUAGGUAAAACUGCUGGUUCAUAGAUGGUCAGCAAAAACAUGCUGGAAUCUUAACUCCCUCACUGACCCUGACUCCACAUGGUGUGGUGUCUGUGUAGCUUGCUUUGUGUUAUUAUGAUGCAGAUGUAGGUUAAGUACAAUACAUAGGACAUAUAUGAGUUUGUUUUUUUGUUGGAUAGCUUGCAGAAAAUGUACGCUAAGGUCUGCAAGACAAAUGUGUUUAGAGUUUAUUUAUAUAAGCGUGCCAUCAAGGCCAAAGUUACAGUUAGGGUUUUUUUUAUAGCCAGCUUUUAAUCCUCUUAAGUUUGACUAAGAUUCAUUCAUCAUACCAAAAUAUUAACAAGUGCUGAUGCAGUAGAUGAUUAGUUCAGCUGGAAUUUUUUAACUUUUUAAUACCUCGCCAUGACAGUUUACACAACUGAACUCUGCCAGUCUUUCCAUCAGCUGUGCUCACCUGUAAGGAGCACUGGUUCUAAAGUUGAAGGCCAAAACAGAAGACUAGCCAAGAGUUUCAGGCAAAACCUCAUCGCCAAUAAAUGAUGCAAAAAAUGGAAAGCAGCUACAUGAAGUAUAAACACUGACUGUUUCUGACCAUUCUACCCUAGUUUGCUGAUGACAAAGUCAGGUGUAGUCUUUUAAUUCUGUUGGCCAACAUCUGUCAAAAGCAAACUACUUUCACUGAAUUUCUAGGCCCAAGACUUAGUAGUCCAGUAGUCUUCCCAGUUUAAACUACACACUUGAAGCAGGGACAGUGAGGGGAGCCGUCAUUGGUCGGUUGCAAUCUAGAACCUCACCACUAGAUGUCCCUAAAUCCUUUCCACUGCUCUGUUGAAAGCUCAAUGCUGCGGUAACCCAAAACUGUGUGCAGCACACAAUCGAGAAAUUCAGGUCUGCCAUGAGUAGCACGGGAGGAAAAGUAUUUGAAGAGUGUUUAUAUGUUUUUGGUAAGCUAAGCUUUUUCAAAUGUGUGUCACAAACUGAUCCUUCCAACGCUAACCCUCCUGUGUUUUCUGUGCCUUCCCUUGAUUGACAUGUGGUCACCAACAUAAGUCUGGCUUUACAGUUAUCUUACCAAUUAUCUUCAGAAGCAGAUCUUUUAUUUCUACUGUGAAUCUCUCUACUGAAAUGAAAUGAGCUGUUGUUUUUCUGAAUAUCUUUUUUUCUUUUAAUAUCAACACAAGCUAGCUUUUUAGCCUCAGGAUGUAAUCAUUGUUUGAGUCGAGCGAACAAUCUCAAAGUCUGAGAACAAACUUAAACAUUUGGCAUGUAAAAGAAGAGAGCACGCUGCAGCUAGAACGGCUAUUUUAUUACCCCCCCUGCCAAUUAGUAGUUCCUCAUAAGGGUAUCAUUUGCCAAAUGUAAUGUUGUUUUUCAAUGUACUCCCUGACUCCUUUUGCACUGAGUUUCUCCUUGUAUUUAUUUGGCCAUACUGUGUUUGAAUCCGUGGGUCAGGUAUUUGCUGCACUGUUAGGUUUUACUGGCGAAAUGUGUGAAACUUGUGUUACUGUCACAAUGACUUGAGGGUAGAGGCCUUGUUAGGGUUGUGUAGCAUUCAGGGCUUUAUCAGGUUAGUGAUUGGUUUGAAACAGUUUUAUUAUUUUGCUUUUAUUCAUUUUGAAGUGUUUUAAUGUGUGCACUGUUCUCCUUAUAAUCUGCCCUAUGUCAAGCUGCUGCCAAAACAUAAACAUUGAGAAGGCUCAUGAUUAAUUAGCACUGGCACCUAGCGUUUAUGACAAAAAAUGACCCUGUGGUUAAAUGGACUAAAAGAUUUGGUGGAGGCCUCUACAGAAAUAGCUGUGCUGUUGCACCGGUGAUGCAUGUGGGCAAUAACUCUCCAAGGGUGUGCAAACAGCACAUUAAAUGAGAUUCCAUAUUUUAAUGUUUUUAGUCUAUGAUUUUCUCUGUAGUUCUAUGUAUUUGUUAUUAGUCUUUUAACCUACUUACUUACAGGAUCAGCUGGCAAACAUUUCAUGGCAGCCUUCUCCCUGUGCGUGGCAGCCAAAGUGCUUUUUGUCCAACAAACCUUUUGCUGGAUGUUUAGGACAGGCCUUGAGAGGAAUUUAAAGUAGCCUGUCUCCACAGUGUGACAUUUUGAUUUUUUUUCUCCCAAGUUGUUUUUCCUCCUUCUAGGCAGCAGUGUUUACAAAAGUCACAAAAUGAUGCAUCACGGUAUCUGUGCCUGCUUACAGACUUGUGCUCACAAGUUUGAACAUACUACCUGCUGGUAACUUUUUUAAAUUUCUAAAGAUCCUCAUUAAGUUGUCUCAAAUACAGAUAGAUGUUUUGUGCAUUUUUGUAGCUUUGUUUUGCUCUGCCUGAUUUAUCACCCAUGUUUGCCACUGCUGGUUGACAUUAAGUGUGUGCAUGGCACGCCUAAUAAAGUUUUUUAAAAGCAGAA